AUGAUAAAGUCAUCGCAAACAAGCAAGACAUGUUCAAUCAUUCAAAACUCCCAACCUUGCAACAGAAAACCAACAAAGAGCUCAGAUCUCAGGUCAAUGAUUCAGAGGCUACGGAAACCGACCGGCCUGGCUCACGCUCAGGCUUCGCAGCGACGUGGGAGGCAGGGAACUGUCACCGGUGCUGAAAUGAAAAGUAAGGUUGGGACAAGAUCGGUGGAUUGGGUAUGGAUCUUCGAAGCAAAUAACAACCUGUAG